AUGUUGUCAAUGUCAGCAAAUGCAAAUGUGGCGGUUUUGAUGUCGCCAGAAAUGGUGAUGGAAAGGGGUUUGGUGUCGAACAAGAACUACAUGGAUAUCGAUUUCCCGCGUGGGCACAUCGGCGUGAAGAGCGUGAACGCGGAAUUGGUGGAUGAGAGAGGAAAUCCGUUGCCCCUCGACGAAGCUUAUCUCCACCACUGGGUUAUCCAGAGAUACAUCACCGGUGUUCGCGAUGCCAAUUUCAGUAUCGUUAGAAAUAGUGGGAUUUGCGACACUGCUGUAACGCAGUAUUUCGGCCUCGGAGCUGAGACGCGGAAAACCGCCACCGAUAUUCCUGACCCAUACGGAAUACAAGUCGGCGAUCCCGCGGGUAUCCCUCAAGGAUACAAGGAAGGAUGGCUGUUGAAUGUGCAUGCAAUCGACACUCGUGGAACUGAGGAUAAGAUGGGGUGUGCAGAGUGCAGAUGUGAUUUGUACAAUGUAACGAGACACGAAAGCGUAGUGGCUCGACCCUUGGGUUACAAAGGUGGCGUACUAUGUUGUCCCGAUCAGAGCAGAUGCAGACUUAAACAAGGGUUCCAUGGUGACAAGAGAAGCAUUUAUUUGAGGUACACUGUGAAAUAUAUGGAUUGGGAUUCAUCUUCGAUGAUACCCCUCAAGAUUUACAUUCUUGAGGUCACUGAUGUUUGGACAAAGGCUGAUCAGUCCAAAGGAAUCCAAGAUUCACACCAUUGUGCGGUUGAAUAUGAUAUUGAAUCUUGUGAUCUCAAAAAUGACAAAAAUGGUUGUAUUGUUUCAACAAAUGUAAGUGUUAGUUUGCCAAGUGGUGGAGAUGUGAUCUAUGGGGUUAGCCACCAACAUACAGGGGCAGCAGGCACAACCUUAUAUGGAGAGGGAGGAAGAGUGGUGUGCUCAUCCAAGCCUAUAUAUGGAGAAGGAAAUGAAGUUGGAAAUGAGAGUGGCUAUAUUGUUGGAAUGACCACAUGUUACCCCUCACCUUCUCAACCGAUCAGGAUUUAUGAAGGAGAGAAACUCACUCUUGUAUCCAACUACAGCAGUCUUCAAACACAUACUGGAGUUAUGACUCUGUUUUAUCUUCUACUUGAUGACUCAUCACCCCAACCCCGGGCACUGAAAAUGACGACGGUGCCUAAAUUCAUUUGGCCAGUUGUCCUCUUGGGAGUUGUCCUUGUUCUUGUUGUAUCCAAGGGAAAAACUAGAAGAACAGAUGGUUAUGAAGCUAUGCUAUGAGCUAAGAUAUCUUUUAUGCAAUGUAUUUGUUUUAUGUUCAUUUUUGCAUCGAUAUUUAAAUGUUUUUCUUUAGUUUUCUUCCAAUUUGAAUCUUGACUCGUCUAAGUGUUAUGUAAUUGUAUACUACAAGAACACUAUUCCAUUGUAAUAUGUUUUGUAUGUGUGGCUUAAGUAAGACCUUUUUACUAUUCUUGUA